AUGGAUACAACUAGAACUACAAAAAUCCCAGACAUAGCUACAGAACUAAACUUUCUUACCAUCCUACGAACUUUUGUCAAUCCUAUUAUGAUUUCGAUGGCCCUGCAUUUUAUUAUAUUGAGACAUCGCUAUGGAAACACACAUAGAAACGACUUCGCCAUGGAAAAGCCAAGUUUCUGGUCAUACGUCAACAAUCAGCUGUUCUCAUACUCACAAAAGCAAGCGCUCGACAAGCUUUCUCUUGAUCAGACUAUUACUUUUCCAGAGAACAGACCAUACUUGCAUACAUUUCUUGAUGAAGAUCACGCAUGUGGGAUUGCAAGUCUUCCCGAGUCUUGGGAGUUCUUAGAUUUGAAUGGUAAGAUAGUAAGCUUGUUUGAACAAUGGAAGAAGAUUAUGGGCUUGACCCAAGAUGACGAGGAGAUCAACAAAUCAAAGAAAGUAUCGGGAGAAAAGCAAAAAGUCUAA